GUGUCUAGCUGUGCACACUUGUACGCGAACACAACAAGAUGGCGAGAGUCUCGUCUGCAAAUUGAACACCAUUAAAAACGCAAUAAACGUGCAAAUUAAUUGCUAAAACCUACAUCAAAGUGUUUUGGGCGGCCGCACAACAAACUGAGCGCGUAUUGCUCGCGUUUUGUGUAUGCGGCAGCAGCAUCUGCAAGCGAGUUGCGAAAGUUGCUGCAACGUCUGGCCUUGUUGUUGUUGUUGUAGCUGUUGCUGCUUUCUUGUUGUUGUUGUUGCUGCUGCUGUGUGUGUGUGUGAUUGACGGACGGACUGGUUGACUGACUGAUCCCAGCAGCGCCUGUGUCGCGUCCCACCUGCCCCCUUGCACCUGCCUGAAAAUGAUGAACAAUUACGGGAAUAUAAUGAUGGAUUCGCCAAGAUCCUCGCCCCACGGCGGUCGCUCGCCGGUUGUGGCACGCCAGGAUUCGUCGGGUACGCUGAAGACCACAAUAUCGCUGGGUAAGACGCCGACAAUAAUACAUACGGGUCCAUUCUACUCGAUGAAGGAGCCACCGGCAAAAGCAGAGCUGACGGGCGACAAGGAUCUCAUGACCGAAUAUGGACUGCAUCACACACUGACUAAAUUCAAGGAGAAAAAAUUCAAGGAAUCUUUGGCAUCAUUUCUACUCAAUAUACCCGGCAUCAAUGACCUCAUCACGCAUCCCGUCGAGAACAGCACAUUGCGCAGCGUCAUCGAGAAGCCCCCGAUUGGUGGCAAGGAGCUGCUCCCGCUGACUGCCGUGCAGUUGGCCGGCUUCCGUUUGCAUCCGGGACCGCUGCCCGAACAGUAUCGCACCACAUAUGCAACACCUGCGCGUAAACACAAAAACAAGCACAAAAAGCACAAACACAAAGACGGCAUCACGACGGGUGGCCCCGAAUCAACGCUGCUGGAUUCCGCUGGCCUGGAGACGUACGAGAAGAAGCACAAGAAACAGAAGCGUCACGAAGAUGACAAGGAGCGUAAGAAGCGCAAAAAGGAGAAGAAACGCAAAAAGAAGAAUCAAAGCCCCGAGCCAGGCGCCGCGCUGGGCAUUGGCCUGCCCAGCGGAGGAGGAGGAGGUGGGGCUGUUGCCGCCGGCAUGGGUGGUCCCGUUAUGGGCGCAACCGCUGGCCUGUCCAAUCCCAUGGCCACUGGCGGCGUUGGCGUCGGCGUAGGCCUUAAUCCCGGCGGUAUGGGCCUCAACAGUUUUCCGACAUCACUGCAAAUGCAGCAACAGCUGCCCAUGCAGCAUCAGCAGCAACAGAUGCCAAGUGGAGCUCUCCUGGGCUCGGUGCUGGGCACCAGUGGCGGCGGUGGCGGUGCUGGAGGGAGCGCUGGCGGUGGCGGUCCAGGCAGCUUGCUAAUGUCACACUUUUAGCCGAAAUCCAUUAGUUAAUAUACUUGGCUCAUUACCUCUCUCACCGCACACACACACUCAGAUAUAUAACCCACACACACACAGAGACACACAGGUGUGUUUAAAAAAAAAUCUGCACACUAACUGCAAUUUCUCGAUAAAGUUUCGUAUCUAGUUCUUAAUUUAUAAUUAUGAUUACUGUAAAAUAGUUUAUAUUGUAAUUAGCAAACUUUUCGUUCGUUUUACAUUUGCUAGCUUAAUGAGAUUUAUUUUAAAUGCAAAUUAUGGUACAAAUGCAAAAACAAAAUUUUCUCGCUAGAUUCCAAUUUAAUAGUUCCCCUUCAUCCCAAGAACCGCAACAAUAUCAUCCUUUAUCAUACUUUACUCGCUGGUAGUUUAAACUUUUAAUCAUCCAAAUUAUUAUUUGAUGUAGUUACAGUAUUUUACCUCGUUUGCAAUGAUUUGUUCUUCCAGCAUGUUUGUAAAAAUUAAAAAAAAAAAUAAGGAAAUGAAAGAAAGCUGAGAUUCAACAAAACAAAAACCUGUACUAUAAGUAAUUGUAUAUGUAAGCGCCAAAUUCAGUAAUAAUAAACGGCAUUAAAGUGUAA